AUGAACGGGGUUGACUCAUCUCUGCUCGCUGCAGCACUUUCUCAAGAGGCGGACAACGAACAGCAGCAGCAGCAGCAGCAGCAAGAUGAGGAGGAGGAGCAGCAGCAGAAGGGGCGUUCAAGUCAUGCAUUAGUAUCAGAGUUAUUUUUAUUGACUGGGAAGGCGAAGUUAACAGGGAUUUGUAGUUAUUUAUCUUAUUUGCUGAACUGCAGCGGUACAGUGGUGUUCGCAGAGUUAUUUUGGGUGCCUGGCUAUUUGCUGCAAGCCGAAGAUCGCUCGCACAGAAUUGGAAGCAAACAUAACUCAGUUCAUAUACAUUACCUCAUCGGAGAGAACACGCUUGACGACGCGGUGUACAGGCAGCUGCAGCAGAAGUGGGGAGUGCUGUCUAACACCUUAGACGGAGAGCAGCAGCAGCUAAAGCUGCUCUCCUGCAGCAAAGGCAGCAUCCCUCUACCCCCGCAGCAACUGCAGCAAGGCAGCAGCACACGAACAGCAGCAGCAGCACCUGCAGCAGCAGCAGCAGUAGCAGCGGAAGGGGACGAAGAUGAUAUUAUAGAAGUUCUUCAGUCCGAUACAAAACAACAACUCGCGCCAAUCAAUACAAAGCAGCAGCAGCAGCAGCAGCAGCAGCAACAGGGGCUGCUGCAGUUCUUUAAGAAGGCGCGGGUUGAGUAG